GUCGGUGUAGGCAGCAAUGCCCAUCUCAUCUUUGUGCGCGGAGGCAGACGUCAGCAGAAAGGUGGACAGGCAAUAUGUACACGGCAAUUAGUUUGCUAGAGGGAGCUGUACUGUCUCAGUAACCUGGUUUUGCCAUCAAAGGAGGAGGGGACGGGUGGUGACGAGCUGAUUAGGCUGGUUGACCCUUCCGCGCGAGAAUUUUCAGACCAUAAACCCCAAGUGCAACGAGGGAGAAAGCGAGGAACCGACUGGGAAGGACAGCAACGAGAGCAUGUAUGCAUACGACGAUGGAUCUCACAGGUUUUGGUGCCGUUCCGGCACGCAGGACGGUUGCGCCGCAUUGUUCGCCCGGGCAGCUCGCGGGUCGCGCGUGCACAGCCUACUGCUGGAGGCCUUUCCAGGAUCGACUCAGGGCUGCUCUCUCGGCUUCGCCGUGCCACUGGUGCCCUGCAUAACCGAGCAACUACGUCUGACAAAGCAUCGUAAGGGGGCAUCGCGAACCCUCCGCUUCUACGGCAGCGGCGGGGGCGGCCACGCGCAGCCGGCGAGAGGCGUGGCUCGGGAGAGGGUCGCGGCCGCGGCCGUUGUCAUCAUCAACGGCGGCAGCAGACUGCUGCAACCCAUGACCCAACCCAUGACCACAGGCAGCACCACUUUCGCCUGUGUUGUCGUAUCUCGCGGGUCGGCGAUGGCCCCUCGGCGGCCUGCCGCCGACCGAUCGAUCAGCUCCUUGAACGCUGACAAGAUGGAUACCAUUGCAUACAGAUGCAAGCGAAACUCGCGCACUAUCGACAGAAUAUCAACAUCGUCGGUACAAGAAUGUACGGCGGAGGCAGGGCAAGGAGUAACGUCCAACGCUGUGAGGAAACGACUAGAGUCGGCAAAAAGCGAGUGCAAGACGACCCACGUGAAAGCCAUCUCAUCAAAGGGUACAAGACCAGAUGCUAUGCUCGAGGCCACCAACGUCUUCGUGGAGAAAAUCUCUUCCACCUACACGGACGAGGAAGUCGACCAAGUGAAAACGUUCAGGCAAGAAGAAGGUGUACGUUAG